AUGGAAGGCUUUGGAGUUUUCCCUGAAAUUUUCUUCAACUCCUUUGAAGAUCAAAUGCAGCUGGAAGACACAGAAGCCAUGGUUCAAUUGCUCGAUUCUCAACUAUUAGGAUUUAAGCAAUUUCAAGACCUGGACUCUUUGAUCUGGCCUGGUGCCAAUUGCAGUAGUAGUUUAAGUGAUCCAAAUUCAAGUUAUGAGCCAAUGCAAAAUGCUAUGGGAGAAGAGAUUUUAGCUGAUUCAUUCUUUCAGAUUGAUUCCAGUUAUCAAUUUGAAAGUUUAGUUUGGCUGAAUGAAGCAAACAGUGAUGAGUUCAGAGAGUGCAGUUCUGCUAUUGAGCAGUCAGUACAGAACAAGAGAAAGUUUCAGAUUGAUGAAUGCAAUGAGAGUCCCAAGAAGAAGGUUCAAAAGAGAGCGAGAAAUUCGCAGCGAAAGAAUGGUAAAAGUAGCAUUACAGGCGGCGCUGAAGAGAAAAAUGCAGGCUUAAGCACCAGUAGCUGCAGCUCAGACGGCGGCGACUCGAAUGAUUCUCAUGUAUCUGCUGUGAAUGAACCCAAUUUGAAGGAAAGAUCUGGAAGGGGAGUUGCAACUGACUCACAAAGUGUCUAUGCAAAGAAAAGAAGAGAAAGGAUCAAUGAGAGGCUCAGAAUUCUGCAGAAUUUGGUGCCCAAUGGAACCAAAGUUGACAUCAGUACUAUGCUUGAAGAAGCAGUUCAGUAUGUGAAAUUCUUACAGCUUCAAAUUAAGUUACUCAGCUCUGAUGAACUAUGGAUGUAUGCUCCACUUGCUUACAAUGGAAUGAACAUUGGGAUUGAUUUAAUGAAUCCAUGA